AUGUGGCCAUUCUUCUCUCUGGGCAACACAACCCUCAACAAGAUCUUUGGACUAACAUACUCCGUCUUCAGUCUCCGUCUCGGCUCCAUUGCCCCCAAUUUCCAGGCCGAAACCACCAAAGGGCCCAUCGAUUUCCACGAAUUCAUUGGAGACAACUGGGUUAUUCUUUUCUCGCAUCCGGAAGACAGAACACCGGUGUGCACAACGGAGCUGGGAGCCUUUGCGAAAUUGGAGCCGGAAUUCACCAGACGAGGAGUCAAGUUGAUUGGGCUGUCUGCAAACACCGUCGAGAGCCAUGACGACUGGAUCCAAGACAUCAAUGAGAUCAGCGGCAGCAACUUGCAAUUCCCCAUCAUUGGAGACAAGCAAAGACAAAUUGCCCUGAAAUACGACAUGCUCGACCACCAGGACGCCACCAACGUGGACGAGAAGGGAAUCGCAUUCACUAUCCGAUCCGUCUUCAUCAUUGACCCCAAGAAGACCAUUCGAACCAUCCUCUCCUACCCGGCCUCCACCGGUCGAAACACCGCCGAAAUCCUCCGAAUCGUCGAUUCGCUGCAGACCGGUGACAAGCACAAGGUGACCACACCUAUCAACUGGGUUCCUGGUGACGAUGUCAUUGUUCAUCCCAGUGUCAAGACUGAACAAGCCAAAGAAAUCUGGCCAGAGAUGAAGAUCAUCAAGCCCUACCUGCGGGUGACACCUCUGCCCAAGGAAAAGACCACUGCGGCUUAA